GAGCAAUUACAAAAAAGAGUGGUUUACCAGUUCCGUACGCAAUGUCCGGGAUUCUUGCUGGCGGUGGUCCACCUGGGGUGCAAGGUGUAGAGCCGCCACACGAAAAUGACGAGUGCAAUCACCGCCGCUCAGGUCGUGCUGGCAAGCCUCACGAGCUAGUUCCGCGCGCUCAUGAUCUAAACGCCAAGCACUUUCGUGGUCAGCACUACGUGACAUCCAACAGUCACAUAGGAAAUUACUUUCAGACCGGCGCAGAGGGAGAACCACAAGCAGAGGACGACAGAGGACGAGGUGAUAGUGGUAGGCAGGACUACGGGAAUAUGUCUUCCUCUUCCUCAUCUUCCCGAGUACCACAGCAGCAAAAGCAGUACCAGGACCUCCCUGGUCGUCACUCCGGACAGCAGGGAACGGCGCGAGGUACAGCGGAAGCAGUGCGGGAGCAGACGAGGCGCGAGUUCCAGAGCACUCAAAUGGCUUUGAGGGAAAACCAGGCAAGGGCAGUGCACGGCAACUUGUUUAGAAAGGGUUACCCGGAGCUCGCCGAUGUAGAUUUGCGGCAUCAACAGGAGUAUCAUCGGCCUCCAGAUGGGAAAAGUCACAAGUCCACUAACAACGGGGCGAUAAUAGGUGCUUUUCAGAACGAGCAGAAAGGUGGACGAAGAUCAGGCUGGAAUAUGGGAGUGACAGCGGCAAAUAACACUACCACGAUUCCGAGUACAGGCAGGGUUGUCAACUUCAAUACGAAGACCUCAAUAGCGCAACAGAAAAUUGAGAUGAAUGGCGCAUGCGCAAAAGAAGUUGUACUAGGUGAACCAGUAGACUCAAGAACUAGAACAUCGAGUACUGGAAGCACAACACUGAAACCUCCUCCAACUACGGCGGAUCAAUCUUCUGAGAACUUUUCUUCGGCCUAUCGUCGAUUCCCGGUUCCCGCAGAAAUCCGCAAUUUGCUCACACGUCUCCGGAGUUUCCUGCUGAGACCUGCGAGUCGGCAUACACAACACGAUCCCAUGCGUGAGUUCGGGAAGCUUGUGCGAACUCUGAGAAACCAGGACGCCACUAUGCAGGGCUUCUCGCCUCCUAACGCCGCCAUUGCAGCGCUUCGGUCCUUCUUCCCCUCUACUGAAUUCUCUUCGAAAAUCUUGAACGAUCUCGUGGGUGCCUUCUACGUCGAGAUGGAAGUGGACCCGCAGCAGGCACAGACUCACGAACACGUGAGUGGAGCAAGUACAACGUUCGGAUUAGGCGGCUUCGACCAUGAAGCAUUCAUCUAUGCAUUGCGUCCGACGCUCACGCGUGCUCAGCGCAAACUCAUCGAUCAGACAUUCGAUGCGCUGGAUACUGAACAGAAAGGGUGUCAGAUUAAAUCGAUGAGCGUACUUUUUACAACAUCUUCAACUACCUGAACACAUGCACAGCAUGAUCAACAUUGAUUCAAACACAAAUAACAACACACAGGUAUUUGACGUUAGCAGAGGUAAAAAGGGCUUACCAUCCGAGGAACGAUCCACGGGUUGUUGGGAAGACGCAUUCGCCACACUUAGUUUGGGAAGAAUUCGUCCACACAUUCGAUGCUAUUGAUGAUGCUACAGGGAUUCUCUGGAAACAGCGAUUCUUAGAAUAUUAUCAGGUACUCUAAACGUCGGACCUUUCGACGUAGCAGUAGCUAGUACACAUGUUGGAGAAUUUUCGAGCACAGGCAGUCUGAGUGACUGUUUUCCCUUUCGCUUUCCAAAUUCAUGCAUGCAUACUACAAGAAUAACACAUUUUUUUUUACAGCACGAUCACAGAAGAUGAUCUAUUUUCACAACUACAGCUUCACGCAGAAUUGUUGCUCGAUUACGAGUUUGCGCAGCUGUUGCGAGGUGUCUGGCUUCCGACCGGUCACCCGGAUCAGACAGCGCAGGAUGAAGGACCAUUUCUCGUUGAAGUACAAGUGCCAGACAGUGCAACUGGCGGUGGUCAUCAACAUCAUCACGACGCAACAGCAGCCGACAGUAGCAACAAUAAGCCUAAAACGAUUAUUGCGGCCUUGCGCAACGAUCUGGGUUUGAAUAGAGAGCUAGCGGCUGAUGUGGAGGCAAGAUUGCACAGACAGGGGCUACCUGUACGCGUGGCGAAGAUUUUAGGCCACGUGGAUGAGGAGGAAUUAAGCAGCAGCAGUAGCAGCAAUGCAGAAGGAGACUUCUGAACAAGUUGCUUGCUGCAGAACGAAAAAGUAGAGAUGCUCAACUAGGUAGACGUAGACCCAAGUAUGCGGUUGCGGUGGAGGAACACAAGCCAGUUUUCAUAAUCCACCCACCGUACUAGAAGUUCACAUGGAAAGGAACGCAAUGGUAUCAGUCGAGGCAAAGGUGGUUGGCCUGCACUCCGGCAUCCAGAGAAGUGAAAGUGUAUCAAUGGAAGACCUCAACAUACUCUCACUGGUCUUGGUCAUACCUUUUCGCUGGAUCAAACUUGUACGUAGCAGGGGAGGACCAGGAUAGGUAGAACGAAGAGGCACGUCAGAAAAGAAGUAAUGAAUUUCUCAAUUCAUUGUGCUAAGUAGAGCGCGUGUCAGUGUUAGUCGAUAGUGCACGAGGCAUGGGCACGUCUCUAACAAUUGCUUGACCGAAGCCGAACCACGGAAACUUUCGGUUCAUGAAUGUGAAAGAGAAUAAAGUGGUUGACGUAGAAAAAG